AUGGGGCAAGCACCACCACCACCACAGCCAAUUGUUGAGUCAAAAUGCUCCAUAUGUGGAAAAAAGGCAGACGUGUUCAAAUGCGGAGGCUGCUCACACGAUUUUUGUUUCAAUCAUUUAACAGAACACCGUCAGACACUCAUUAAACAAUGCGAUCAAAUUGAAAAUCAUCGUGAUCAAUUUCAUCGGAAACUUUUUGAACAACAGAAAGUACCAGGAGAGCCUCCGUUUAUACAGGAAGUGAACAUAUGGGAAAAAGAGUCGAUUCAGAAAAUUAAACAAACAGCCGAAGAAUGUAGACAAAUAUUAUGUGAAGAGAAUGAGCAACAUUUUAUGGAGAUGGAAUUUCAACUAUUUCAGUUAACUGAAGAAUUACAGAAAAUUCGUCUAGAAAAUGAGUUCAAUGAAAUCACUAUAGACCGAAUCAAAACACAAUUGGAAAAACUAGAACGAGAAUUUGGCCAAUUACCCAAUGUGAAAAUUCAGAAAGAUGUCACAUCGUUUAUUGAAAAACUUUCAGUUGCUGUUUCAUCUGAAACUCGUCGAGAAAAGAAAUCAAAUGAAAACAAAUUACGAGAAGGACUUGAUCCUUCUUUACACACUUCAAAGUCAAAUGAUUCUGCAAUCUUAGCACAUGACACUUAUUUAAACGCCGAUCAGACGAGUGAAGAAUUUCUUGGUCGAUACUAUAAACAUUAUGCUGCUUCUAGUUCAGAUGUUGAGAAUUGUAAUAUCCAUUUUUUGUCAUCGGAUAAUAAUGAUAAUUCAUCAAUAUCCAUCAACUUUCACAAAUCAACCAAUCGUCAUGGAGAUGAUGAUGAUGCCACAAAAACAAAAGAAAUUUGUAAGAUUUCUCUAAAUGGUGUACGAAGUCCACCAAAUAAAGACAAUGAUUCUGAUGAAUCAAUAGCUAGUAGUACUUUUCUUAAAUCACCAAUCCACCCUGGUAUCAAUAGUGGUUAUAAAAUGCUUCGAGAUUCGCGGAGUAACGCUAGCGGUUCUGACGGAUUAAACUCUGAUGAUCGUCGACUUAAUCCGCAGAGUGACAAGACUCUCGGUGGAUUUAACUCAAGUGCUAUAGGCUGCAAUACUUGUGCAAUGUCGUCAUCAAACGAUAGCAAGCCAAUAGCGUUCAACAAACUACCCAGCCAAAAAGAUCAACGUGAAAGUAUCGAUUAUCAUAAAGAAGCAAGUGUUAGUGGUUUUCAAGAUAAUAAUAGUACAAGUAUAACGUUUCAUAACUCAACAAUCCGUGGUGGCCCACGGCGUCGAGGUAAACAAAAAAUCUACAUUUUUAAAGAGAAAAGCAAUUUUUCAAACAAAGGUUGUCGAGGUCCACGCAGAAACCAAUCACGUUCAAGUGCUCGUGAUAGUGGUAGUAACAGUUUCAAUAACUCUGGUGGUCGACGAAAUAAUAAUAAUCAAGUAUCUGAUGAUAUAUUCGAUCAACCUAGUGGUCAUCCAACUGAACGUUUUAUUCCAUCACCUGCGCCGACAACUGAAGAUGGUAUAUUCGGCGAGGCAGUUACAAGAGGUGAAAAUUUUGGAGAUUAUGAUGUAGUUCAUGUACAAUGUACAUCACCAGGCAAAGUAAAACCAAUUGAAUUAUACGAAGAAGCAAAUCUUGGUACACAAAUUUUGUCAAAUAUUCGUCGUGCUCAUUUUGAAGAACCAACAGCUAUUCAACGUUAUACAAUACCUUGCAUACGACAACACGAUGAUAUAAUGGCCUAUGCACAGACUGGAUCUGGCAAAACAGCGGCUUUUCUUCUGCCAAUCAUAUCAAACUUACUUUCAUAUAAUGCAGAUGAAUUAGCUGAAAACCAAAAUCCACCAGCGCCAUUGUGCCUGAUUGUUUCGCCUACGCGUGAACUUGCUCUACAAACAGAACGCGAAGCAAGAAAAUUUGCAUUCGAAACUCCUGUGAUACCUUGUUCUACUGUUGGUGAUCAUACUGUAUCGGAUCCUCUUCGACAAGGUUGUCAUAUUCUAUCGGCUACAACUGAUUGUCUUAAAGAUAUGGUUGAAAAAGACCGAAUUUCGUUGAAAAAAGUGAAAUAUUUUGUUCUUGAUGAAGUUGAUCGAAUGUUGGACACAGGUUUUGAACCUGAUAUUCGUAAAUUAGAAGAUCUCGGUUUACCAGCAAAGGAUGAUCGUUGUACAUCAAUGUUUUCUGCUACGUUCCCCAGUGAAGUACAAAAAUUAGCUACACAUUUUCUACGUGACGAUUUUGUCUUUCUGACCGUUGGCACAAUUGGUGAUGCUAAUGAAGAUAGAACACAAUGUAUAGAAGAAGUGCCACAAGGACAAAAAAAAGAUCGUCUUUUUCAAUUACUCGAACAAAAUCUUAAAUCUGAACGGUGUUUAAUUUUGGUUGAAACAAAACGAUCAGUUGAUUAUAUAGGUUCAUUACUAUCGCAAAAAGAAUUUCGUACUACAACGAUGCAUGGUGAUCGAACACAACAACAACGAUAUCAAGUUGUACAAGAUUUUAUAAGUGGAAAUUGUCCAAUACUUGUUGCAACAUCAGUUACUGCUCGUGGUUUAGAUUUUUCUUUAAUUGACUACGUUAUUAAUUAUGAUUUACCAGAUUCAAAUGAUUUAAAUAUGCAUCGUAUUGGUCGUACAGGUGCCAUUAGUCCUGCUGGUCAUUUGGGUAAAUCAAUAUCAUUUUUUGAUCCGAAUCGAGAUUCAGAUCGAAAAAUUGCUCCUGAACUUGUAUCAAAAUUAGUCGAAGCUGGCCAAGUAGUACCUAACUUUCUCAAAAAAUUUGCUGACGGUGGUAAUGUUGGAUUUUCCAAUGAUGGUCAAGGUUCACGAAAUACUGACGUACGUGAUGGUCAUAGCCAUUUUGCUAAUCGAAAUAAAGCUGCUGGUUCCAGUGGUGGUACAGCUCCUACCGGAGCAGCUAACAAACAUUGA